UGCGCUCACGAUCUCCGCACAGUCGCUUUUGUGCCUCCUCCUUUCUUCCGUAUCGCAUACAGCCAGACUACUUCUGCCCGCUCGGGUAGCCCAAUCAACAAAUACAUAAUCCAUCAAAUGCCGCUAACAACCAAACGUGGAUUGUAAGAUUAACUGUAUUGGAGGCAAAAGCAUCAACUCUAGGAAAUACCACGCCGUUCAAAAUGGAAGGAGGAGAGGAAUGGGCGGGUGAAUUCAAUCCCAUGGCCGAUUCAGAAGAGCGUGCCCACCUCCUAUCGGUGCUAGAUUCCUUCCGCUCGUAUCGCCAUGUCGCCCAUUACAACACGACUCAUCUUCGACGCCGAGCUUUCUACUCCCUUCCCUCUGCUCACUGGACACUCCUCAGCCAACCUCCUUUUUCCGUCUUGGACUCUCUCUCGCAUCUUGAUGACUUGAUUGACUCCAAUGCUGAGCUCGCGGAAGCCAUCUUCUGCGCAGGUUUCCAGGCCUUUGUCGCACACAAUAUAAACAGCGAGCAGGUCGCCAGUAUCGUGCCCGAGAAGUACGCACACGAUCCCUUCCAGGUCUUCAGCGCAGUACUGGACCACCUGGGCGCUAAGGCGACACCAAAUGAUAUGGAAAAGGCGCGAAGUUGUGUGAAUCAAUUCUACCGCGAGUGGAGCGGCGAAGGGGAGGUCGAACGGGGAGCGUGUUUUGCCCCCAUUCUCUCCACGCUUGCUUCGGAAUACUCAAAGCGAAGAGAAAGGGACGUCGCAAUAGGGAAGAAAGAUAUGAACAUCCUUGUCCCGGGUGCGGGGCUCGGAAGGUUGGUCUUCGACGUCUGCAAAGCAGGCUACAGCGUCGAGGGCAACGAGAUAUCCUACCACGAGAUCAUGGCCUCAUCGCUCGUUCUCAAUCACAUGUCGAAACGAGGCCAAUUCAAAAUUGCGCCUUUUGCGCUGAACUGCUCGAACCAUCUUAGCCGCGAAGACCAGUUCCGCACCUACUAUAUUCCUGACGUGCAUCCAGCAUCAGAAUUAUCAGAAGGUGACAGUGGAGAGAUGAGUAUGUCUACGGGCGACUUCAUUGUACUGUACAGCACGCCGGAGUACAAACACGCCUUCGAUGUCGUUGCAACGGUGUUCUUCAUUGACACAGCGCCUAACAUAAUACGGUACGUUGAGACAGUGCGGAACUGUCUGAAGCCCGGCGGUCUGUGGAUCAAUCUUGGUCCGCUGCUCUGGCACCACGCGUCCCGAAUACAAGACCCAAAGGAAGAAGAUGCGGAUGAUAAGAAGGGAGCGAGCAGGGGUGAGGACGUAGGAAUUGCAGACCCCGGGAGUGUCGAGCUUACGAAUGAUGAGGUCGUCUCUUUGGUGCAGCAUUUCGGGUUCACCAUUGAGGAACAUGAGCUGGGCGUCGACACUGGGUACAUCACCAACCAGUGGAGCAUGCUGAAAAGCACGUAUCAGGCGUCGUUUUGGGUAGCAAGGAAGGCUUGAACUAGGAUAGAUCCAAAUGGUAUCGUUGAAACAUGAUACUGCACAAGAC